CUCCUUGCAACAUGUUCAAAUAUUUCGUUUUCGCCGUCAUCUGCUUGGCCAGUGCUGCAGCUGCUCCGGGCUACUUGGGUGGCUUGCAUGGAGCUCCGGCUCUGGGUCUGGCUGCUGCUCCGGCCAUCUCUUAUGGCCACUCUAUUGCCGCACCUUCGUAUGCCUCGUAUGGCUUGGGUCACAGCUAUGCUGCGCCUGCUCUCUCUCACUAUGGACUCGGGCCCAGGAUUAGCUAUUCGGCUCCAGCUUUGUCGCACGCACCACUCGCCUUGUCGCACGGACCACUCGCCUUGUCGCACGCACCACUUGGUCUGUCUCAUGGUGCCCCACUGGGUCUCGGCUACAAAUCCUAUGCUGCUCCUGCCUUGAGCCUCGGCCAUGGCUGGUAA